GAGAACGACAACCGCUCUGAUUCCUAGUGCCGGCCUUCCUCGUGUGAGGGGAUCUGCCGGACCUUUGCUAAUUCAAUUUCUUUCCCUUUCCGGGCCCUUCCCCAUCGUCGCCCCCUUCACCUUGGAUCAUGUUCAAGAAAUUUGAUGAAAAAGAAAAUGUGUCCAACUGCAUCCAGUUGAAAACCUCAGUUAUUAAGGGUAUUAAGAAUCAGUUGAUAGAGCAAUUUCCAGGUAUUGAACCAUGGCUUAAUCAAAUCAUGCCUAAGAAAGAUCCUGUCAAAAUUGUCCGAUGCCACGAACAUAUAGAAAUCCUUACAGUAAAUGGAGAAUUACUAUUUUUUAGACAAAGAGAAGGGCCUUUUUAUCCAACUCUCAGGUUACUUCACAAAUAUCCUUUUAUCCUGCCACACCAGCAGGUUGAUAAAGGAGCCAUCAAAUUUGUACUCAGUGGAGCAAAUAUCAUGUGCCCAGGCUUAACUUCUCCAGGAGCCAAGCUUUAUCCUGCUGCAGUAGAUACCAUUGUUGCAAUCAUGGCAGAAGGUAAACAGCAUGCUCUAUGUGUUGGAGUCAUGAAGAUGUCUGCAGAAGAUAUUGAAAAAGUCAACAAAGGAAUUGGGAUUGAUAAUAUUCAUUAUUUAAAUGAUGGGCUCUGGCACAUGAAGACGUAUAAAUGAGCCUCAGAAGGAAUGUACAUGGGCAAACUAUGGAUAUCGUGCUCUAUAUGUGUUUGUAUUUGUGUGUGGCAGCAUGAAGACAAUGUCUCUGUGGUUAUGCUGAAUAAACUCUAGUUGCUAAAA